GGGAAAUAUAAGCUUACAAACAUUAGAGGGAUUUGGAUGGAGUCAGUGCGAGGGGAAACGUUGAGAGGGGAUAUAGUUACAAAACACUGGAACACACGGAAAUAUAAAUGGAUUUAUACACUACUGUCAGAUACCUGUGCACCCUUCUGAUUUGGAUUAUGUACACUACAGAAACGAUGUCACAAAACUCCCCAAGAUGGUUAAAAAGCAUCAUACAUUCCAGUACAAGAAACAAGCGAUUCAGCUUCGGUUACAAAGCAGAAACCCAAUCACCAGAGAGGUAUCUGAAAGAAUGCUGUAAGAACAACGGCGUGUGCAUCCUUGGGAGCUUCUGCCAAUGUAAAAAAGAGUUUUACGGGCGGUACUGUGAAUAUGAAGUAAGGCGGAGUUGGUGCGGCCCGGUCCGCCAUGGGCAGUGGUUCCGGUCCGACUGCAGUCUCUGUCGCUGCGUCCAGGGACAGUCCAUCUGUUUGGAGGGAGCCUACGGGAAGUGCUCUGAGAAAAUAUCCAGGAAGGGUUACAAGCCAGAAGACCCCUCCAACAUUGUGAAGAUCUUCCGUCUAGAGGAGGGGGAGGACUACCUGGAGAACAGCUGGGCAGACGACACUAGCAUCGCGUCAUCAGUGGACAGACGACAUCCUCAACUCACGUUCCUGGCCCUCGUGACUCUCAUCAUCGGCAUCGGGGUCGUCUGAAACUCCACCACGUCGUCAAGGUUUAGUACAAGGAGCCUCCCAUUGGCUCAAAGUGUUGGGGUUGUGGUGACCCGACUUCCGCAGUGUUUCAAGGACACUAGCUCCAACGUGGUCCACACCUGCCGAAACAGCCCGUGGAAAUCGUGGAAACCUUGUUCCAUCGAGUUGUCGUGUUCGUGACGACAUUGGUAAACGCACCAUGGUAACACAUUUGAAGCGUUGGCUGCCAAGCUUGGUCAUAAAGGUGUAGCUUUUACCGACCUCCAAAAACAUGGACCUUCCGACAUAACAGAAAUCGGAGACGUCCAAGAAUAAGCAAAGGAAUGCUUGCAAAUGAACAUUCCGCGACGGCCCAGUGAUUUCUCAAUGAUCUCAUUAUAGGAAGCACAAACAGCAUGACAGGAGAGAUGCAGGUUCCAGGAACCGCCCCAGACAUCAUGCGAACUGCCCCUCCCCCAGCCUCCCGUGGCUAUACAUGUGAUACAGAUACUGAUGAAUCCACGCUUGUUUAUUUAUUCCUGUAUUCCUGUAUUCCUGACUCCAGUAUUCCGAAUUUAAUUAUUGACCAUGGUCUUCCGACAUGAAUGGAAAAUGUUUAUGGAGUACAGUUUGGAAUUUCAACAGCCUGAGUUCAUCAAUGACAGACUAAGUGCAUGUACAGAGAAUAUUUUCAUAUUUAUUAUAUUUAUACAACAUAUCUAGUACCCUCAUGUGCCAACUUCCAGAAACGAUAGAUAUACCUUAAUGUGAUUGGUGGGAUUUCAAAUGUCUGACUUCUGAUUGGUCGAGACACCCUCUGCAUUCAUGUGCUAAUAUGUAGUAGUGUAGUUAUGUGUCUCGUGUUUUUCUUUCAUCUUAUUUGCUAGUCCUUGUCAGUUCUUCCAAUUCAAAUCAAAUCAAGCAUAGUCACGUAAAUAUAUGAUUCGCAAAGCUAUGGAUUUUUUUCAGCUGUACUAAUACGAUGCAGAUAAAUAUGGGUACCAUGAAUUUACACAUUAAAGUUUAUAUUUUAUUAAUAAAACAAUU